UGGGAACACGAAAUUGAUUAGUAGUCCCGGGGGAAAGGGGUGUUGCAGCCGCAGGUCAAGGACUGAUAAGCGUAUGUUCCAAGUCAUUAUUUAGAAGGGACCAUCCGCCUGCUGUCGAUCGUCGCGGACGUUGGACACACACACACACACAUACAUACCUGGAUGUUCCAACACCGACGUCAAACAUGAAGCUCCAGCUCUCCGCCGCCCUUCUCAGCCUCGCCAUCGCCUCCGCGUCCGCCGCGGACGUGCAGACGGCGCACCUCAAGUUCCGCGCCUCCUCCUCGUCCGAGACGUACGACCUCGUCGUCAAAGCCAACGGCCACCCCGUCGACACCGGCCACGCCGACCUCGCGGUGCGCCUCGUCGACGCGCCCGACUACCUCGCCUACUCGCUCUGCCGCUUCGCCACGCCGCGACCCGUCAAGCUGUCCACGACCAUUGCCGACGACAACGUCACGCAGCAGGUGGUGCUCGACCCGCCGCAGCCCGUGCUGAGCGUGAGCUGCGAGGGCAUGUGCGUCGGCACGUACGGCGCGUGCUACGACACCAACGGCCAGUUCGUCGGGCCGUGCUGCAACGGGUUCUGCGCCGCGACCCGCUGCCGUCCGUGGAACAUUGGCCAGCAGUGAUCCUGCCAAGGUAGUUAGUUAGCUGGAUGGCCGUUGCCCCUCCGGGGGGGAAGGGGGGUCGAGUUGGUUCGCGGGAGAUGCCGUGGUGUACUUUGUUAUAAUCCUGUUUUGUCCGCUCGAUAGGUGAUGAUGGUAUGAGUACUGUAUACUGUACAUGUUGGAUUGAGCUUUCUGUCUGGUCCUAUCUAUCCCGUCCAAAAAUAUUGUAACCUAUUGU